GAUCCCUCCCCGUCCUCCAGGAUCCAAUGGCCUUGGAGAGAGGGCUGCAGGGCACACAGACACUGCUGACUCUUCAGAACAUGCCGACAUGGAGCCAGGUAGACUGAAAUUACCAUGUGUCCAAAUUAAAAUUGCAUACUUCAAGGAUUAUUUGAAGGACUAUUCUUAGACUCUUUUAAGAAGAUUUAAAGAAAAAUCGCUCGGCCCUGAGCGCGGCGAGGACCCUGUUCGUGGAUGUGGAGGGGCGCGGGCCGGAGGCCAUGGACGUGAAGGAGAGGAAGCCGUACCGCUCGCUGACGCGGCGCCGCUACCCCAGCUCGCCCGCGGACGGCGAGGAGGCCAAAGCCCCGCAGAAGUCCUACAGCUCCAGCGAGACCCUGAAGGCCUACGACCAGGACGCCCGCCUGGCCUACGGCAGCCGCGUCAAGGACAUGGUGCCGCAGGAGGCCGAGGAGUUCUGCCGCGCAGGAGCCAACUUCACCCUGCGGGAGCUGGGGCUGGGAGAAGUGACACCCCCUCAUGGGACCCUGUACCGGACUGACAUCGGCCUCCCCCACUGCGGCUACUCCAUGGGGGCCGGCUCUGACGCUGACAUGGAGGCUGACACCGUGCUGUCCCCUGAGCACCCCGUGCGGCUGUGGGGCCGGAGCACACGGUCAGGGCGCAGCUCCUGCCUGUCCAGCCGGGCCAACUCCAACCUCACGCUCACGGACACUGAGCACGAGAACACUGAGACUGAUCACCCCGGCGGCCUGCAGAACCACCCGCGGCUCCGGACGCCGCCCCCGCCGCUGUCGCACGCCCACACCCCCAGCCAGCACCACGCCGCCUCCAUUAACUCCCUGAACCGGGGCAACUUCACGCCGAGGAGCAACCCCAGCCCAGCGCCCACCGACCACUCGCUGUCCGGAGAGGCCCCCGCCGGCGGCGCCCCGGAGCCCGCCCACGCCCAGGACAACUGGCUGCUCAACAGCAACAUCCCCCUGGAGACCAGAAACCUAGGCAAGCAGCCAUUCCUAGGGACAUUGCAGGACAACCUCAUUGAGAUGGACAUUCUCGGCGCCUCCCGCCAUGAUGGGGCUUACAGUGACGGGCACUUCCUCUUCAAGCCUGGAGGCACCUCCCCGCUCUUCUGCACCACAUCACCAGGGUACCCGCUGACGUCCAGCACGGUGUACUCCCCUCCGCCCCGGCCCCUGCCCCGCAGCACCUUUGCCCGGCCGGCCUUCAACCUCAAGAAGCCCUCCAAGUACUGUAACUGGAAGUGCGCAGCCCUCAGCGCCAUCGUCAUCUCGGCCACGCUGGUCAUCCUGCUGGCGUACUUUGUGGCCAUGCACCUGUUUGGCCUAAACUGGCACCUGCAGCCGAUGGAGGGGCAGAUGUAUGAGAUCACGGAGGACACAGCCAGCAGUUGGCCUGUGCCAACGGACGUCUCCCUGUACCCCUCAGGGGGCACUGGCUUAGAGACCCCUGACAGGAAAGGCAAAGGAGCCGCAGAAGGAAAGCCCAGUAGUUUCUUUCCAGAGGACAGUUUUAUAGACUCUGGAGAAAUCGAUGUGGGAAGACGAGCAUCACAGAAGAUUCCUCCUGGCACUUUCUGGAGAUCUCAGGUGUUCAUAGACCAUCCUGUGCAUCUGAAAUUCAAUGUGUCGCUGGGAAAGGCAGCUCUGGUUGGCAUUUAUGGCAGAAAAGGCCUUCCUCCUUCACAUACACAGUUUGAUUUUGUGGAACUUCUGGAUGGAAGGAGGCUCCUGGCCCAGGAGGCACGGAGCCUGGAGGGACCCCAGCGCCAGUCUCGGGGAGUGGUCCCCCCCUCCAGCCAUGAGACCGGCUUCAUCCAGUAUUUGGAUUCAGGAAUCUGGCACUUGGCUUUUUACAAUGACGGGAAGGAGUCCGAAGUGGUUUCCUUUCUCACCACUGCCAUCGAAUCGGUGGAUAACUGCCCCAGCAACUGCUAUGGCAACGGCGACUGCAUCUCUGGGACCUGCCACUGCUUCCUGGGUUUCCUGGGCCCUGACUGCGGCAGAGCCUCCUGCCCUGUGCUCUGUAGUGGGAAUGGCCAGUACAUGAAGGGCCGGUGCCUGUGCCACAGCGGCUGGAAGGGCACCGAGUGUGAUGUGCCCACCAACCAGUGCAUCGACGUGGCCUGCAGCAACCAUGGCACCUGCAUCAUGGGCACCUGCAUCUGCAACCCCGGCUACAAGGGCGAGAGCUGCGAGGAAGUGGACUGCAUGGACCCCACGUGUUCGGGCCGGGGUGUCUGUGUGAGAGGCGAGUGCCACUGCUCCGUGGGGUGGGGAGGCACCAACUGCGAGACCCCCAGAGCCACAUGCUUAGACCAAUGUUCAGGCCACGGAACCUUCCUCCCGGACACCGGACUUUGCAGCUGUGACCCGAGCUGGACUGGACAUGACUGUUCUAUCGAGAUCUGCGCUGCUGACUGCGGAGGCCACGGCGUCUGUGUAGGGGGCACCUGCCGCUGCGAGGACGGCUGGAUGGGGUCCGCCUGCGACCAGCGGGCCUGCCACCCGCGCUGUGCCGAGCACGGGACCUGCCGCGACGGCAAGUGCGAGUGCAGCCCCGGCUGGAAUGGCGAGCACUGCACCAUCGAGGGUUGCCCUGGGUUGUGCAAUGGUAAUGGCAGAUGUACCCUGGACCUGAACGGGUGGCACUGCGUCUGCCAGCUGGGCUGGAGAGGAGCAGGAUGUGACACCUCCAUGGAAACCACCUGCGGUGACAGCAAAGACAAUGAUGGAGAUGGCUUGGUGGACUGCAUGGACCCUGACUGCUGCCUCCAGCCCCUCUGUCAUGUCAACCCGCUGUGCCUGGGCUCCCCUGACCCUCUGGACAUCAUCCAGGAGACACAGGUCCCUGUGUCCCAGCAGAACCUACACUCCUUCUAUGACCGAAUCAAGUUCCUCGUGGGCAGGGACAGCACGCACAUCAUCCCUGGGGAGAACCCCUUUGAUGGAGGGCAUGCAUGUGUUAUUCGUGGUCAAGUGAUGACAUCAGAUGGGACCCCUCUGGUUGGUGUGAACAUCAGUUUCGUCAAUAACCCUCUCUUUGGAUAUACAAUCAGCAGGCAAGAUGGCAGCUUCGACUUGGUCACAAAUGGCGGCAUCUCCAUCAUCCUGCGGUUCGAGCGGGCCCCUUUCAUCACGCAGGAGCACACCCUCUGGCUGCCGUGGGAUCGCUUCUUUGUCAUGGAAACCAUCAUCAUGCGACAUGAGGAGAACGAGAUUCCCAGCUGCGACCUGAGCACCUUCGCCCGCCCCAACCCCGUGGUCUCUCCAUCCCCCCUGACGUCUUUUGCCAGCUCCUGUGCAGAGAAGGGCCCCAUCGUGCCAGAAAUCCAGGCUUUGCAGGAGGAGAUCGCCAUCUCUGGCUGCAAGAUGAGGCUGAACUACCUGAGCAGCCGGACCCCUGGCUACAAGUCUGUCUUGAGGAUCAGCCUCACGCACCCCACCAUCCCCUUCAACCUCAUGAAGGUCCACCUCAUGGUGGCGGUGGAGGGCCGCCUCUUCAGGAAGUGGUUUGCUGCAGCCCCAGACCUGUCCUAUUACUUCAUCUGGGACAAGACCGAUGUCUACAACCAGAAGGUGUUUGGGCUCUCAGAAGCCUUCGUUUCCGUGGGUUAUGAGUAUGAAUCCUGCCCGGAUCUGAUCCUAUGGGAAAAAAGAACAGCAGUGCUGCAGGGCUAUGAAAUCGACGCCUCCAAGCUGGGAGGAUGGAGCCUAGACAAACAUCAUGCCCUCAACAUCCAAAGUGGCAUCCUGCACAAAGGGAACGGGGAGAACCAGUUCGUGUCUCAGCAGCCCCCCGUCAUCGGGAGCGUCAUGGGCAACGGGCGCCGGAGAAGCAUCUCUUGCCCCAGCUGCAAUGGCCUUGCUGACGGCAACAAGCUCCUGGCCCCGGUGGCCCUCACCUGUGGCUCCGACGGGAGCCUCUACGUGGGUGACUUCAACUAUAUCCGAAGGAUCUUCCCCUCUGGGAACGUCACCAACAUCCUGGAGUUGAGAAAUAAAGAUUUCAGACAUAGUCACAGUCCAGCGCAUAAGUACUACCUGACCACAGACCCCAUGAGCGGGGCUGUCCUCCUUUCUGACACCAACAGCCGGCGGGUCUUUAAGAUCAAGUCCACCAUGGUGGUGAAGGACCUUGUCAAGAACUCUGAGGUGGUUGCGGGGACAGGUGACCAGUGCCUCCCCUUUGAUGACACUCGCUGUGGGGAUGGUGGGAAGGCCACGGAAGCCACACUCACCAACCCCAGGGGCAUUACGGUGGACAAGUUCGGGCUGAUCUACUUUGUGGAUGGCACCAUGAUCAGACGCAUUGAUCAGAACGGGAUCAUCUCCACCCUGCUGGGCUCCAAUGAUCUGACAUCAGCCCGGCCCCUCAGCUGUGAUUCUGUCAUGGAUAUUUCUCAGGUUCGCCUGGAGUGGCCCACAGACUUAGCCAUCAACCCAAUGGACAACUCACUUUAUGUCCUUGACAACAACGUGGUCCUGCAAAUCUCUGAAAACCACCAGGUACGCAUUGUCGCUGGGAGGCCCAUGCACUGCCAAGUCCCCGGCAUUGACCACUUCUUGCUGAGCAAGGUGGCCAUCCAUGCAACCCUGGAGUCAGCAACCGCUUUGGCAGUUUCACACAAUGGGGUGCUGUAUAUUGCUGAGACUGACGAGAAAAAGAUCAAUCGCAUCAGGCAGGUCACCACUAGUGGAGAGAUCUCACUCGUUGCUGGGGCCCCCAGUGGCUGUGAUUGUAAAAAUGAUGCCAACUGUGAUUGUUUCUCUGGAGACGAUGGUUAUGCCAAGGAUGCAAAGCUGAAUACCCCUUCUUCCUUGGCUGUGUGUGCGGAUGGGGAGCUCUAUGUGGCUGACCUUGGGAAUAUCCGAAUUCGGUUUAUCCGAAAGAACAAGCCUUUCCUCAACACCCAGAACAUGUAUGAGCUGUCCUCACCAAUCGACCAGGAGCUCUACCUGUUUGAUACCAGUGGCAAGCACCUGUACACCCAGAGUCUUCCCACAGGAGACUACCUGUACAACUUCACCUAUACCGGGGACGGUGACGUCACACUCAUCACAGACAACAAUGGCAACAUGGUUAAUGUCCGCCGAGACUCUACCGGGAUGCCCCUCUGGCUGGUGGUCCCAGAUGGCCAGGUAUACUGGGUGACCAUGGGCACCAACAGUGCACUCAAGAGUGUAACCACACAAGGACACGAGUUGGCCAUGAUGACAUACCAUGGCAACUCUGGCCUUCUGGCAACCAAAAGCAAUGAAAAUGGAUGGACAACAUUUUACGAGUAUGACAGCUUUGGCCGCCUGACAAAUGUGACUUUCCCUACUGGCCAGGUGAGCAGUUUCCGCAGUGACACAGACAGUUCAGUGCAUGUCCAGGUAGAGACCUCAAGCAAGGAUGAUGUCACCAUAACCACCAACCUGUCUGCCUCAGGUGCCUUCUACACACUGCUGCAAGACCAAGUCCGGAACAGCUACUACAUCGGGGCUGAUGGCUCCCUGCGGCUGCUGCUGGCCAAUGGCAUGGAGGUGGCACUGCAGACCGAGCCCCACCUGCUGGCUGGCACCGUCAACCCCACUGUGGGCAAGAGGAACGUCACCCUGCCCAUCGACAACGGCCUCAACCUGGUGGAGUGGCGGCAGCGCAAGGAGCAGGCUCGGGGCCAGGUCACCGUCUUUGGGCGCCGGCUGCGGGUUCACAACCGAAACCUUCUAUCUCUGGACUUUGACCGCGUGACUCGCACGGAGAAGAUCUAUGAUGACCACCGCAAGUUCACCCUUCGGAUCCUGUACGACCAGGCGGGCCGGCCCAGCCUCUGGUCACCCAGCAGCAGGCUGAACGGUGUCAACGUGACAUACUCCCCUGGUGGCCACAUUGCCGGCAUCCAGAGGGGCAUCAUGUCUGAGAGGAUGGAAUACGACCAGGCGGGACGCGUCACGUCCAGGAUCUUCGCCGAUGGAAAGACGUGGAGCUACACAUACUUAGAGAAGUCCAUGGUGCUGCUGCUUCACAGCCAGAGGCAGUAUAUCUUUGAGUUCGACAAGAACGACCGCCUCUCUUCUGUGACCAUGCCCAACGUGGCCCGGCAGACACUGGAGACCAUGCGCUCCGUGGGCUACUACAGGAACAUCUACCAGCCACCCGAGGGCAAUGCCUCAGUCAUACAGGACUUCACUGAGGAUGGGCACCUCCUCCACACCUUCUACCUGGGCACCGGCCGCAGGGUGAUAUACAAGUAUGGCAAGCUGUCGAAGCUGGCCGAGACGCUGUACGACACCACCAAGGUGAGCUUCACCUAUGACGAGACGGCGGGCAUGCUGAAGACCAUCAACCUGCAGAACGAGGGCUUCACCUGCACCAUCCGCUACCGUCAGAUUGGGCCCCUGAUCGACCGGCAGAUCUUCCGCUUUACCGAGGAGGGCAUGGUCAACGCCCGUUUUGACUACAACUACGACAACAGCUUCCGGGUGACCAGCAUGCAGGCCGUGAUCAACGAGACCCCGUUGCCCAUUGAUCUUUAUCGCUAUGAUGACGUGUCAGGCAAGACAGAGCAGUUCGGGAAGUUCGGUGUCAUCUACUAUGACAUUAACCAGAUCAUUACCACGGCAGUCAUGACCCACACCAAGCACUUUGACGCGUACGGCAGGAUGAAGGAAGUGCAGUACGAGAUUUUCCGCUCACUCAUGUACUGGAUGACUGUCCAGUAUGAUAACAUGGGGCGCGUGGUGAAGAAGGAGCUGAAGGUGGGACCCUACGCCAACACCACCCGCUACUCUUACGAGUACGAUGCUGACGGCCAGCUGCAGACAGUCUCCAUCAAUGACAAGCCACUCUGGCGCUAUAGCUAUGACCUCAAUGGGAACCUCCACCUACUGAGCCCUGGGAACAGCGCACGGCUCACGCCACUGCGCUAUGACCUCCGUGAUCGCAUCACUAGGCUGGGUGAUGUGCAGUACAAGAUGGAUGAGGACGGCUUCCUGAGGCAGCGGGGUGGUGACGUCUUUGAGUACAACUCAGCUGGCCUGCUCAUCAAGGCGUACAACCGGGCUGGUGGCUGGAGUGUCAGGUACCGCUACGAUGGCCUGGGGCGGCGGGUGUCCAGCAGGAGCACCCACAGCCACCACCUGCAGUUCUUCUAUGCAGACCUGACCAGCCCCACCAAGGUCACCCACCUCUACAACCAUUCCAGCUCUGAGAUCACGUCCCUCUACUACGACCUGCAAGGACACCUCUUUGCCAUGGAGCUGAGCAGCGGUGACGAGUUUUACAUAGCUUGUGACAACAUCGGGACCCCUCUCGCUGUCUUCAGUGGAACAGGCUUGAUGAUCAAGCAGAUCCUGUACACAGCCUACGGGGAGAUCUACAUGGAUACCAACCCCAACUUCCAGAUCAUCAUCGGCUACCAUGGGGGUCUCUACGAUCCACUCACCAAGCUCGUCCACAUGGGCCGCCGGGAUUAUGAUGUGCUGGCUGGGCGGUGGACCAGCCCAGACCACGAGCUGUGGAAGCACCUGAGUAGCAACAACAUCAUGCCUUUCAACCUCUAUAUGUUUAAGAACAACAAUCCUAUCAGCAACUCUCAGGACAUCAAGUGCUUCAUGACAGAUGUCAACAGCUGGCUGCUUACCUUUGGAUUCCAGCUGCACAACGUGAUCCCUGGCUAUCCCAAACCCGACUUGGAUGCCAUGGAACCAUCCUACGAGCUCGUCCAAACCCACAUGAAAACUCAGGAAUGGGACAACAGCAAGUCCAUCCUUGGGGUACAGUGUGAAGUGCAGAAGCAGCUCAAGGCCUUCGUCACCUUAGAACGCUUUGACCAGCUCUAUGGCUCCACAGUCACCAGCUGCCAGCAGGCCCCAGAGACGAAGAAGUUUGCAUCCAGUGGCUCAGUCUUUGGCAAAGGGGUCAAGUUUGCCUUGAAGGACGGCCGAGUGACCACAGACAUCAUCAGUGUGGCCAACGAGGACGGGCGUAGGGUUGCUGCCAUCUUGAACAAUGCCCAUUACCUAGAGAACCUGCACUUCACCAUUGAUGGGGUGGACACCCACUACUUUGUGAAGCCAGGGCCUUCCGAAGGCGACCUGGCCAUCCUGGGCCUCAGCGGGGGGCGGCGAACCCUGGAGAAUGGGGUCAACGUCACCGUGUCCCAGAUCAACACUAUGCUCAACGGCAGGACUAGACGCUACACAGACAUCCAGCUGCAGCACGGGGCACUGUGCUUGAAUACCCGCUACGGGACGACGCUGGAUGAGGAGAAGGCGCGGGUGCUGGAGCUGGCGCGCCAGAGGGCCGUGCGCCAGGCGUGGGCCCGCGAGCAGCAGAGACUGCGGGAAGGGGAGGAGGGCCUGCGGGCCUGGACAGAGGGGGAGAAGCAGCAGGUGCUGAGCACAGGGCGAGUGCAAGGCUAUGACGGCUUCUUCGUGAUCUCCGUCGAGCAGUACCCAGAACUGUCAGACAGCCCCAACAACAUCCACUUCAUGAGACAGAGCGAGAUGGGCCGAAGGUGACAGAAAGGGCCAAGGCCUGGACUUCUUGCCAAAGACAGCUACUCUUUUGUGGCCGCAUACCUGACUGUGUUGUACUUUAAAAAAAAAAAAUCCUUUUUUUAACAAGUGCAGAAAACAAACAAAAAGAUACUGGUUGCAUUGUAAUUCAUGCAACAUCCUUUUUUUUUUAAGAAAAGAAAAACACAAAUUUGGCCUUCACACAUUUUUUGCAAAGAACAGAAGGUAUUUUUUUUCUCUGUAGUGUGAUCACAAUGAAAACUUUAUUGUCUUUUGUUCCCUUUUUCCUAGAGGAUUUUUCCUUGUUGUUUGGGGUACGUUUCUCCUCUCUGAGACACACCUCCUGGGGUGUGUCCCCGUCCGUCCCUAGGUACCCAGUGUGAUGUGAGACACGAGUGUCUGUGCUGACUUGUCUCAUGUGCAACCCUUUCUUCUUCGAUUGGGGGCGGGCAGGGGUGAGGGGUGCAGAUGGUGAUGGGCCAGUACAACACCCCCUCCAAGGGGGCCCGCGAGGAGGGUCGGUAGACCUGAGGCUCUCUGGCUAAGCUCCCACGGAUAAGUGGUGGGUUUUUACUCACUGCGUUCUGUGCCUCCAGAGGACCACAAAUGGCAUCAUCUUGCUCCGGGGAAUUUCAUGAUGUCAUUCAGCACCUUUUUCAAGCUGCCCCAAACUCCUGUCCAAGCUUUAUAUUUGAUGCUAAAUGAAACCCCCUUCCCCUUUUGCAAAUCCUGUGUAGUUGUCGGUGCCACCUCCAUGCUGGGAUAGAGAAAGUGUCUCCCAGGUCCUUUCCCCCAGUGUGGUGACAUAACAUCCUGGGGCCAAGAGCCCCAUCCUCCCCAGGACGGGGAAGCUCCCAGGAUGUCUGUGCUUAGUUGCUCUUCCAUGAAGUUCCUUUUCAUCUCCUCCUCUGUCCCAAAGCCAGAUGUGAGAACCAGCACUGCACGCCAAGCCCUCAAUGUGGGCACCAUGUCCAGGGACGGGAAGGCCACCCAUGCAAAGGGAUGGCAGUGGUGGCAAGGGUACAACCUGCCUUCUGAGGGGAAUCCCUCUCCCUGUGACUUUGGUAUCUUCCCUCCACUGCUCAGUUGCCACCACUGAUAAACAGGAGUGUGGCAGGAGGUUCUUGGGGGCCUUUGAUUCUGGAAAGAUGCUUAAGAAAAAAAGUCAGCCAAAGAGAGGAAGGUGUGAGCCAAGCAUCCUUCUAACCAGCUCCUGAAGUCCCCUCUGCCUCUCGUGUACAGGUGCAUUGUAGAGCUGGGAUGCAGCAGGAUGAGCUUGCAGGAAAUUCCUGAAGUUCUCCUAGAACAGCUUCACCUCUAGAGAAGCCCAGUAAAAGAUAAGGAGAAGGGAGGGAGAGCUGAACUGGUGUGGCCUGCCCAUGUCAUGCCAGCCCGCCAGGCUCAGGGGCAGUUCCCAAAGCGGGUGCCCAUGGAUCUGGGAGGCCAGGCUGGCAUGGUUCUCGCGAAGACCUGUGCCUGUGUCAUCGGGAAGAGGCCUGAGCCCCCUCAGGAGUGAGGACAGCCCCCACCUGAGGGCAGGGAGAGGAACAGCAAGAGCGAGGGCUCCUUAUUCAAGGAUUCCAUUCCUGGUUCAUCUGCCUGAUUGCCAUUGUCAUUACUACUCACAGGAGGCUCUGGGAGACAGGAGGAGAAGCCAAAUGCUUCCUUUUAAGCUGGGCUUCUUAGAAAAUGGGACUUUUAUGGGUUACAUUUACAUUAAGUGUGGAAAAUGAAUUCUGAGUCUGAGCUAUUCCCUGUGGAAACCUUGUUGGACUGAUAAGCUCAUGGCACCUUUAUAGCCUUAUUCACAGAGUCUCCAGAAUAUUACACGAGUUAAUGAAACCAAGAAGGUCUCUUGCUGCAUGAGAAUUGGAGCAGCGUGUGGUCUGAGUUCUGCUGGCGGAGGGAGGCAUCCAGAGCUUCUCGGGGCGCGGAGAUUUCGCCUUACAUCCUCCCACUGGGAUUAAGGAUGUGUUUCGCUAAGUGCUCUUCCUGUUUCCAAAAAAAGUCACACUGCCCCAACAGUGUGCCUCAGCCUGUCUGUCACUGGUUGCCGGUCGCCUCUGGUCCAGAGCUCUGCUGAGUCAGAUACGGGGCCCUCAGGCCCGCCAUGCGUGGCAUGAGCUGGGAUGGGGGCGCCUAUCUGGCAAGAUCGUUUUUGGAUGGGAUGGAAAGGAGUUUGGCCUGAAGAACACAGUGUUUUUUAAUUGGAAAGAGACUUAUGCCUCUCAAAAUGUACUCUUGAUAUAAAGGGGCCUUGGGCAGAGCUCUCCUGCCCGGUUGAUCAGCCCCAUCCUGGCUGCCUGACAUCAGUGAGGAUCCGCUGGGGACGUAUACGCGGGGGUCAGAGGAAGCAUGUGGUCCAGGGGAACCAUCUCGCUCCAUUCUCCACCCCUCUGUCCCUCCUCCACUGCCCCUGCCCCAAACGAAUAGUGUGGACUUUUAAGAAUCAAACACACAGAAUUAUUGGACAUCCGUUUUUCUGAAAGGAAUGAUCUUGUAUUUUUCCUGGGCUACAUUCCACCGCAGAGGCCCAGCUUCCGUAGGGGAGAGGUUGAAGGAUCCCCAGGCUUCAGAGAAAGGAUCUCAGUUGUGGAACAGGCAGCGCUAUGCACCUCACUUCACCUGGGUGCUGCUGUACUGGAGAUGGCACUUCUGGCCCUGGCCCUUCUCAGCUGGUUCCCGUUCGGGCUGGCAGGCAGCUCAGUGCCUCCCCUCUCAGUCUGUCCUCCUGCUGAGACCACAGUUCCAAUCCCAUGGUGAGGGGGAGUUCCAAGGCCUAAACCAGAGUUUCCUGCAUGUACUUAGCAGGCUGCAAGCAUCAACCCCAAUGCUGAUGCCACCUGCCCUUUGGGCACUAACCAGCCAAAGACUGUCCAUUUGUGAGCGUGACCAGCCCUCCCUCACUGGCCUGGGUUCUUGACCACACAGGAUGUUGGCCUCUGACCCUAGCAGAAGGUCCACUUUAGAAUAGUUCCUGCCUUCUCUCCUGCCCUACACAGCUGCCAAUCGGCCCCUCAUCCUCAGUCCCUUUGCUGCUCCCUUGGAAAGGACUUUACCGAUUCCCCAACUUUGUUUUUCACAGGGGAUUUCCUUUUUCCCUCCCUCCAAACAGACAUCACUGGCGGGCAGAGCUGGGACAACAGGAAGAAAGGGAAGGAACUCCAUGGUAAACUGCACCUUUGUUAGCCUCUGACCUUUGUCUCUCAGAAUUGUUGGCUGAGAAUUAACCCAAGGACCACACCAGUGCCCGAUUUCCACUUAGGGGUGGAGGAUUUGAAACAAUCUAAAAAAACUGAGUGGAAGGUGAGAGUGGCCAGGAGGUGUGCUUUCAGACAGUCAGGGUGGGGCACCAGCAGAAGGUGACGGCCAGGGCAGGGAGGUGAGUCGAACUGGGCAGUGUUUUGUAGACACAGAACAAGGAAUAAGAAUUUUUAAAAUGAAGAAGAAAGGACCUUUUCUGCUGUGACUUUUAAGUAUCACCUUUAUAGAUGGCAGGGGUUUCCGUUAUGCAAAGACAAGGCUUUCCAUGUGAAAUCUUAGAAUGCAGUUUUACCAUUUGCAGCCUUAUAUUUGCAGUGGCCAAGUGGUGAGGGCGGUGACGCUGAGCUUUGUGCCCAGGAGGAAUGAGCUUGCGAGCACGCGGCAGGGUCCUGGGCUUUGGGAUUUGGUCACCAGAUGUUCAAAGUCCAGUCCAUUCUCCACUCCUCACAGCAGCCACUAAGCCUAGGAGCUGGUCCCAGUCCUGGUCAAGGGACCCACCUCCUGAGGGGUCCCAGAAAGAACCCAGGUUCUCCUUUCCCUUGGGAUCUUCAUUAGGACAAAAAGCCCUCCAUUCUAGGCACACAGUUCCCAGCUAGGUUUACACACUUGCCUCUAUUUUAUGGGAGGGGAGGGGAUUUGAAAAAGAACUCUGCAGUUCAAGGCCCUUUCAUUUAACCUUCCAAAAACAGCAAACUCAUUUUAAAGACUCAUUGCUCAGGUGAUAGAGAGAAACUUUAUCCUCUCCAACCUUUACAUUCUCAAAAACCAGCCUUGUGUACUUGACUGCCCCAGAGAGUGGUGAGCUCUUAGGUUUCAUUAUGAAUGUGCAAGAUCAGAGUGGGGGAGGCCUGGGCGUGGGCCAGUGUUGUGUUUCUUACCCCCUCUGGAAUGCCAAAGGCAUGAUACUGGGUGACCUCUUGGUCUCCCAGAAAAUGUGAUUUAUUCUGAGGGCAAACUGCCAAGGGAGGACUAACCCUCGGGCAGGCUCAGCUAUCCUGGCAGAAGCUGAGUCACAGGUGUCUGGCGGUGCCCCAGCAGCCCUGGAUUCACCCGACGCCAGAAUCCCACUUUUCUAAAUCUGCCCGUUGUUCUGAGGACUUCUGAACCCGCAGCUUCGGCAAAAGGACUUUGUACCAAGCUGCCUCUGGACGACCAACACUGGAGACUCUGGCCUUACCAUGUGGAAAUAGUUUUCCUGAAGUCUGGAACUAAUUUUGAGAAGUUUUUUUCUCAACACUUUUGUGUUUCUAACACUGUAUCUUGACUGUGUAAAUACCAACAAGGCUGUAAAUAAAUGCAGAUGUAGAUACCUUCUAGAAAAAAAGAAAAAAACAUAAAAACAAAACCAGAAGUGAUCCUGUGUAGCCUUCGUUGACAAAUAAAAGACUAUUUUGUGUUUAAA